AUGUCUAUCGACGAGAGAUUUACUAAAAAACAACUUCUUGACAUCUCAUCAUCGGAGUCAGAAUCUGAUGAAUCAUUGAACGAGAAUAAAUUAUCAGUUAGCGCGAAUGAUAGUAAAGUUGACUCUGGCAGCAAACUUUCAUCACCAAACGCUGAUUUACAUUUUGAUGAUAUGGGUGCCAAAUUACUGCCAGGUUCAAGUGAAGAUAAUGACGAAAAUGCAGAGGUUGAAAAAAUAUCAGAUGAAAUAGUUUCAGAUGACCGACAUGAUCAAGCCGUGGAAGAUACAUUGAUAGAGCUGGUUAAGAAGAUCGUAUACUCUCGCCAGCCUACUGUCGAGAUGCCGGAAACACUCCGGAGUAAACUGUUCCAGUUUUUACGUUCGCCUGCGCACAAUUUUUCUUAUCGGAUUGAUCUAUACGAAGCAAUUCAAGAGAAUGAUAUAGAAAGUGUUAACGAUUUGUUAGAGGAGAAUUCCGAUAUAAAUGGCGCUGUGGUUUAUAAUCAUAAGAACUGCGGUGGGUUAACUGCCUUAAGCGUUGCCGUGGAGUUGACCCGAGAAGACAUCGUCCAGCUUCUAUUGGAUCGCGAAAGCUGUGACGUUAAUGCCGCAGCGGAGUCUGGCUUGACGCCUCUCCACAUUGCAGCACUGAAAAAUAAUCGGAGUCUCGCAAAAAUAUUAAUUAGCAAAGGCGCAACUGUAGAUGUCUACUCCAAAUAUCAGUCGAUUUUUAACUCAUUACUUUUUCGCUGGAUUGUUCUUAGAAAUUAUGUAUUUUUUAAUGAGUCCGGUGAGUUUUACAAAGUGCUUAGAAUGUACAUGGAUAUGGAACAUCUGGAUGGUAUGACUGCACUCCACGUUGCCGCAAAAGGUGAUAAUUUUGAGAUGGUAGAAUUAUUACUGGAUCAUGGUGCUGACGUCAAUGCUCAUUGUCUAGACCAGAGGAAUGGAUACACGGCAUUGCAUUAUGCUGUAAUGAAUGCUAAUAUUGAAAUGGUUAAUCUUUUACUGGACAGGGGUGCUAACGUUGACGUCAAGUCAAGUAAUGGAAAGGCAAUCUUACAUCUUGCCGUUGAAACCGGAGCCGAAGCCAUUGUUCGAUGUUUAUUAGAUUCUGGCGCUGAUAUAAACAUCAGAAGUGAUACGGAUUGUUACCAAGAUAUAACGCCGGUCCUUGAAGCUUGUAGCCGGAACCUUACAUCUAUCAUGUCUUUAUUAAUUAAAAGGGGUGCGGACUUGAGUGCCAUGGCUGUACGUAAUUCAUCGUCAGCACUCGUAAAUAUAAUUGACUUCAUUGAGGUGUCGAGACGUAGUUGCAGUUUCCUUACGUUCAUUGUUAUGUUGGUUAGAAUUUAUGAUUCUAGACAUUUUUCCCGCGAUGAAAGAGGGAAUAUCUACAAAAUGAUCCAGCAUAUAACUAAAUUCCAUGCUGUUGGAUAUAUACUUGAUGUAGAGUCUCUUAUGAACAAUCAACGUCAUGAAAACAAAUUGAAGACCUUCAAGGGUGAAUGCCGAGUUCAAGUGUCGAAAAUGAAACAAGAAAAAAUUAAGGAUGGCGACGUACGCGAAGAAUAA